CGUGGGCCGGAGCUCCCGGCCUGAGCGGCCCCGGGUGUCUGUGGCGAGCGGUGGGGACGGAGCGGAGCCGGCACCGGCACCCGGCCAGGGCUGCCCCGGAGUGGCGGGGGGGCCGCCCGGCGCUGGGGGACGCGGCCGUGGCGCCGGUAAACAGUUGGAGCUGUUGGUAUCUUCCUUCAAAGCCUGGUGUGAUUUGCUGUUGGCGGGCUGGCUCUUAGGAAAGUCUGGUGGACUUCAUGAGAAAACAGUGAAGAAAACAAAGUAUUACUUUCUGUGUCAUGCGUGUGAUUCUGACUGUGGCCAUGUCUGCAGAUCCAGUAGCUGUCAACCUUUUUAAGUGGCUUCAACCUUUCCAACCUGAAAGUUGGUAUGGUAAUGAAGUGCAGUCUGUAAGUGUCCUUACUGAUUGAGAAGCUGAAAUUAUUUUUUGCCUGUGAAAGCUGGAAAAUGUUCAAAAAUCAAUAUCAGGGUGGCCCAUUUGUUGAAAUAUUCAGUGCUCAAGGCAAGAACCCAGGAGCAAAAUGGAAGAUUUUUGGCAGCCCAUCAGCUAUAUGGAAAGAAUAUGAUAAAGAAGUAAAGGGCUUUGUUUUUGUACUUGAAGGGAGCAGUCAAAUCAACAAAAUGCAGCUGCCAAAGGAAACUAGACAAACUUUGGGACUGAUCCAGCAGUUUCUGACACUUCAGAUUCUUGUGCCACUGGGACAAGACUUCUCUGCUGAGUUACUGAUAACUGAUUUAGGAAAUAUUAAAAGAAGAUUGUAUUUAUCAACAGUCCACAAGGAGUUGUCUGUAACCACUCUGCAUGCAAAAAUUCCUCUGUUUACGAUCAAGCGCAAUAUAUGGUGCAAUAUGUGUAUUGACUUGGUAGCAUUCACCAGUGGAAUAUUUGGAGGAGCUGUCUUCCAGUCUUUGGAUGGAAUUAUUAUUUCAGCUAACUGUAAACUGAGAAAGAUCUUCACUUUAAAAUCCAAGCCUCAAGAUACAGCUGAGGAAGAUGUUCCCUGUGUCCCGUUUAUGCCACGUGGGCCCACAGAUGCUAUUCCUCGAACCUGCCGGCUGAAUACGGAUGUGCCGCAAGUUACACAAGUGCUGAACCUGACUAAAAUUCACAAGCCAGAAAUAAGAUGCAGGAGACAUCCAGUGACGGCACAAGAAACAGGUAGCUUGGUUAAUAGAGAACAAGGCAAUAUACACAGCAGUAAAACUCGGGAUGUAUCACAUAUCGCAUUUGGAUCAAAGAUCCUUGGGCCACCUCCAUCUUCAAACAGAAGAGUCAAUACAAAGGUGUCUAGAGAGGUAACAAAGACCUGGGGUAGCAAAAGCAAUAGAUCAUGCCAACUUCAGAAUUCAGGAAAGGGAACUGAAUCUGCAGAAGACACUGAGAGAUGGGAGCUGUCGUUCUCACCGUGCAAUGGUUCUUUUGAUCAAGGAGGGAAAAGAAAUACUCACCAGACAACUGGAGGUGUAAGUCCAAAUGGCCCUGAAAUUCAGACUCAGAAAACCUCUGAGAGUGGACAACCAGAUUUUCAGCUCAACUCACCACAAGGACCAUCAGCAAACAAGAACAGUCAUAGAAGAUUAUCUCCAAAAAAUGCAGCCAGAAACACAUGGGAGAUAUCCAGUGAUGUGUGGGUGUUCCCAGAAGGUUUUGCAGAAGGAGUUCAGUUGGACAGGAGUGAGCAGUUUGUAGCCACUGAAGAUUCAGCCUGCUGUAAUUUAACCUCACCGCAGAACGCCUCUGAACAUCACGGCAAGGAAAGCAGUGAUCACCAAACGAAUAGGAAAGAGAUUUUCACGUUUUCAUCAAGCCCUCAGUCAGCUCCUCAUGGGAAGUCUCCAAACGUCUCGCCAGAAUCUUGCAUUUUCCCUUUGGAUUUGAAGCAAGACGGUAACGGAGUCCAUGGGCAAACCCAAAUUGAAGAUAACUCUGAAGGAACUGACAGCAGUGAAGAGGAUGACAACAGUGAAUUCAUCCAGGGUACUGAGAACCUCGAGAUGGGCCACAACAGGCAAGGACCGUCUGAUCCAGCGGUUUUUAAAGAGAUCCCAUGGAAGACGAUAUCAUGGGGCAAUGAAUACUGGAAGAAUAAGGGGCACAGCGAACAUAACGUUGAAGAGACUGACUUGUGUGAACCACAGAGCUCCACUGUGACAAGAACAGAUUCUGCUAGCUCUCAGAGAAGCUUAAAGCCCACCCUUUCUCUUUCUCCAACUGGAAGUAAAUCUGAAUUCUUUAAAGCAAUUCCAUAUGGAUCUGAAAAAACUGAAAGAUGUGAAGGAGUUUCUGGUCAAUUAAAAAGAUCCGUCAGUAAAAAGUCUCUCAAGAAAGUCUCAAGAGAAAAUUCAUGUAUAUCAACACAGACUUGUGAGUAUGACUGGAAAAACUACCAGUCAAAUAGACUGAGUCCAUCUGAACUACAGAUGCUGGCCAGCAUGGAGAGACAAUGGAACGAAGAAUUAAGGGAUGCUGGGAUCUCCCAUGGGCUGAGCGCAUCACAGAUUGACAACUGCAAUGUCAGCAUAAGUGCAAGCAGCGAUGAUACAGAAACCUGGAGCUCUUGUUUCCCUUCGCCUGUCAGUCAGGAGCAUCACUAUCAGAAAGAAAUGAGCCCACUUUCUCAUUCCAACCCACGGGACUGGUCGAAUGUGUUCAGUCCCCCCAUCAAUCCUGGAAGCCAAGAGUUGGAAGAGCACACUAAAUCUUCAACAAAUCAGAGUAUUCCAGGUGAAGAUGACCCCAGUGCUGAAGAAGAUGAAGUUUUGAAUCUUCUGUAUGAUCCAUGUCUGAACUGCUACUUUGAUCCAAAUUCUGGGAAGUACUAUGAGUUGGCAUAGUCAGAUCCUGAGAGGAUAGAAUUUUGUAUUCAGAGUACGUUUAUCUUUUAACUGUUUGUAAAGUGUGACUGAGCUGUAUAAUUUAUCAUGUAACAUAAAAAUUGAAUUAACCAAUAGUUUUGCAAACAAGUUAAUAUAUUUUGUAAAUAGCGUCUUAUUUGUAUAGUUUUGUAUUAAGUUGUUAUGCAGUGGAAAAUCACAUAACAUAAAAGUUCCUUGUGACUAAGA